AUGAACAAUAUCAGGGAGGUAUUGCGGUUGAAUGAAAAGGAACUGGAAAAUGAUACUCCUUUUGAUUGUUCGUGGCAUCAGACUUAUAAAGAUUGUCCAUGGAUAUAUUUUGGAGGAAUAUCCCCAGAAUUAAGUGAAGGAGAUAUUAUUUGCAUGUUUUCCCAAUGGGGAGAGGUUGAAGACAUAAAUUUGAUUCGAGAUCAUGACACUGGAAAAUCAAAGGGAUUUGGCUUCUUACGAUAUGAGAAUUGGCUGAGCUGUGUUUUGGCGGUAGAUAAUUUUUCGGGAAUGGAGUUACUGGGUCGUAUUGUGUGCGUUGAUCACAAAAGGGAUUAUCGUCCUCCAAAAGAGAAGGACAAGGAAGAGAAAGAGAAGGAGGAGAAAGAAGAGGGUCAUCACCAUCGCCGUCAUCACCGUCACCAUCGUUCAAGAAGACAUCGCAGUCGCAGUAGAAGUCGCAGUAGAAGUCGCAGUAGAAGUGAGAGCAGAUCCAGAAGACGUCAUUCCAGACAUCGUUCAUCCAGCAGCGAAUCAAAGAGAAGACACGCUUCCCAUACAUAUAGUUCAUUGGAUCGAAAUCAGGAAAAGCAUGAUUUGGAACCUUCGAAUCGUGUCUCUGAUCGGAAGAUAGAACAAAAUCAAGCUAGACCGGAUGAAGAAAGGGUAGCUUCACGACUGGAUGAUAAAAAGCCCGCAUUAAAGCCCCGCACUCGAAGCUUUAGUGACGAAGAAGAAAAAGAAAAGCCUGCAUUGAAGCCUCGUACUCGGAGCUUUAGUGAUGAUAGCGAUGAAAAAGAAGAAAAGCCUGCAUUAAAACGUCGUACUCGAAGCUUUAGCGAUGAUAACGAAGAAGAUGAAAAACCAGAGAAUAAACCUCGCAAACGAAGUCGUAGUUUCAGUGAUUAG